AUUCCGAUUGUAAUGACGGGCCCAGUACGUGUGUGUAGCUAGGUAGUGGACGCUCUCGCUACGCUUACCUGGUGAUAAAUUAAUUUGAGGUAAGGUCGUGUAGUGGGUCUAUGGGACCGGCCAUCAGGUAAUACUUGGAUUUGGCGCCGUAUUUAUUUAAGCAUCAUGCAUCGGUUUUCAAGUUGAAAAUCAUUAAAGUUUGUCGUUCUUUUAAAUAUUUGGUUUAAAUAUGUUUUCAUACUGGGCAGCCCAAAUAUUUGUUUAUUGGUUUUAAAUCUAGUUGAGGUAGAGUUCCUGUAGAGCAGCGAGGACGAAAGCUCACCCCUACAACAGUAUGGAUGCAGGUACUGUGCACUGGUGACGGGACAAUGGCGGACGGAGCUGGGUGUGCGGAACAAGUUUGGUAAACCGCCUUCUGGGCUUUAUUCUGCUUUCUAUUUCUCGAACUUUGUGUCCCGGAAUUAGUGGGUCAAACGUGGUUAAAUUCCUAGUCCUUAAAUCUUGUGCCUCCUGAGUGAGCAUUCAUUUCAAGUCUGGACGAACAAAAUGAUUUUUGGGCAACUCAAAGAUUUUCACCUCAAAAAUAUUUGUAGCUUUCGCUGUGUUUUACGAAAAGUUUUCAAACAAAAUGCCUAGCGGUUCUCUAGAAUGUAAAUCGAGCGUUCGGUUUAUGUUUUAGAGGCUCGCGGCACUGUGACGUGCUUAAGCUGGUGAGGUGCAGCUUGGGGCGUUACACCCGAGGUCGCCUCACCUUGUCCGGCCGCUUCGUCGCCUCAGCCCGUCCAAACGCUGCCCCCAGGUGGAGAUCGAAGCAACCCCAGGCGGGUAUGCUUGCUGUUGCUGCUUCAGUUUCUGCUGCUGCUGCCCCCGAGGUCGCCUGACCUCUUCUCUCUCCUCCUCCUGUCACCCACGUUUGGGUGUGGGUCGAGCUGGCACAAGCCUUGGCUGGGCAAGGAAAAAGUCAUGAACUUGACUUAUUUCUUGGCUGUAGUCAAGAAAGGGUGAGUUUUGCCCAGUCAAAAAACCAACGGUGGAAGGAGCAAAAUCCAUCUCAAGGUCAUGUAGUCAGGUUUUUCUUGACUAUGACCUCCGGUGGACUUGCUCUUAGCUGAUGGAGUCAGCAGUCGGAGCCUAUAUAUGAGUGGCGAAGCCAGUGUGUGUUAGUUUCCAUUUCUCCUUGCUUUCGUUGUAAAAGUUACUAAAUUGCAGUGAUACCAAAAAAAAAAAAAAAAAGUGUGAUCCAAAUCUCAGAUCGCCCUCUAGGGUUUUACAUUCGAUUGAAAUAUCCGAGAUCUAAAUCUCGCAACUCAGAGCGAUUGGAAGUGAAAUCAGUGAUGUUAAUUUAGAGCGAGCGUUUUAUAAUGAUAGUUCAGAGAGGAAUUCCGAUCUUCCCAAUUGGUGGGCCUGCUUCUCAUUUCCACGGCGGAGUUCCAGUGGUCUUCCACCGCCGACCUAUGCCUGAGAUUCCUCUACACCACCUUUAUCCUCCUCAAUUUCAGAGCCGCGUCCCUGUUUUCCGGGUUGUCGGGGGCCCAAUUUGUCGUCAAGGAUCUGUGCGGUUCGAGGUUCGAAGUGUUUGUCGCUAUAAUUUCAAAGCCGAACUUGCCGUAAUUCAGAGUCUAAUCAGGACCGGCUACCGAUUUGCUAGUUUCGACACCGAAUUCCCCGGAACAGUGGUUAAAUCCGAAAUUCCGAAACAUCUGAUAUCUCAAGCUGUUCCGGUUGAUGUGUAUAAGAUGAUGAAGACCAAUGUGGACCAAACCCAUAUUAUCCAAUUGGGUCUUUCACUCUCUGACCCAUGUGGGAAUUUGCCGGUUUAUGAUGGUGCCUACUGCUGUUGGGAGUUUAAUUUCAGUGAUUUUGAUGUAGACUGUGCUCACCAUUUGCGGAAUAGUGUCUCGAUUGAUGUCCUAAAGCGGCAAGGAAUAGACUUUUCCGAAAACAAAUACACUGGUAUUUGUUCUGCAGACUUUGCUGAGGAGAUUGACAGGUCUGGGCUACUGGAGUUGCUUCCUUGCUUGACUUGGGCUACUUUCCAGAGUGCAUAUGAUUUUGGGUACUUGAUAAAGAUGUUCACUGGGAACAAGGAAUUGCCAGAGGAUAUCAAGGAGUUCAUGGGCAAUGUGAAGACAUAUUUUGGACCCAAUGUGUACGACAUCAAGUACAUGAUGAAGUUCUGUGAUGGUCUUUUUGGCGGUUUGAAUAGUGUGGCAGAAACCCUUGGCGUUGAUCGUGUGGCUGGGAGUAGCCACCAAGCUGGUUCCGAUAGUCUUUUGACACUGCAAACCUUUUUCAAGAUGCUCAAGAUGGAGAAGAACAAAGGGAAAGAGCUCUGGGAAGAAUGUGGAGGAGUUUUGUUUGGUUUAGGAAGCUUGGAUUUCUGGCAUCAUUGUUGAUCCAUUCUUUAAUUUCUGUGUUGUUGUAAAUUGUGAAUAUUGUAACUUCCAUUCUUUUGUAUAUAUACGAUUAUAAUU